AUGAAGGCUAUAAGCUUUCUCGCAAUCAUCGCUGGCUUCUCGGCGACCGCAUCCGCAGGUCCGAUCGCAUACGGCGUCUGUCAAGCGGGAUGCGCCUCCGUCGCGAUGGCUUGCUACGCUGCAGGCGGUGCGACCUGGGGAGCCACUGCUGGAGCCACGGCCCCAGCAACAAUUGCAGCUUGUAACAGCGCAUUCGGGGUCUGUUCUGCUGCGUGUGCUCAAACGGCACUCAUUGCACCUACGCCAUGA